GUAUUUUCUAUGUUAGCAAACUUGGUGUUAUUUGCUGGCCAUCGUAGUGAAAAUCAUAGAAAUAAAAAUGAUGUCCAGUCGAAAUCUAUCCCAAAGUUUUUCUAAACACCUCUCCCCAAGGUUAUUCAAUGUUUGCAAUUUAAGAGUUGUUCUUCCUAAUGCAAUUGAUAAAGAGAAGCCAGAUGUUUUUACGAAGCCUAUGUAUGAACUUAAUGCUGUAUCCGGUCCAUCUGCAAAGUUAUCAUUACUUUCAAGGGGAUUAGGAAAAAUUCAACAACGAUUCGGUCAUACUGAUGUAUCUGUGCCAGAUUUUACUGCUUAUCGAAGAGAUGAUACCAAAGAUCCUACUUCUCAAUACUCUGACACUGAUAUUUCUCGCCGGGCAUUCACUUAUGUCAUGGUGGCUGGUCUGGGAGUCACUGGUGCUCAUGCUGGUAAGAAUAUUGCAAUUGAUUUUAUAUCAACAAUGAGUGCAUCUGCCGACGUUUUAGCAGUUGCAAAAGUUGAGGUUGAUCUUACAACAAUUCCACCUGGUAAAAAUAUUACCAUAAAGUGGAGAGGUAAACCUCUCUUCGUGCGACAUAGAACUCAUGAAGAAAUUGAUCAAGUUCGUGCUGUUAAUGUUGCCUCCCUUCGCGACCCACAGAUGGAUGAAGAUAGAGUAAAAAAUCCAAGUUACCUAGUGGUACUAGGAGUUUGUACUCAUCUUGGUUGUGUACCGAUUGCCAAUGCAGGAGAUUUUGGAGGUUAUUUUUGCCCAUGUCACGGCUCACAUUACGAUGCCUCCGGAAGGAUUAGAAAAGGACCUGCACCUUUGAAUUUAGAAGUGCCUAACUACGAGUUUACACCUGAUUCAAAGCUGAUUGUUGGAUAAAAUAAAUUUCAAUGUUUUUUUCUUUUAUUUCAAAUAUUAAUUUUAAAAAACGGC